AUGGACGUGGACAUAAGUUGGACAGACCAGAAACUUCAAAUACUUUAUUCUCCAGCACCUCUACACUUUCCAGCAGCAGUUGAUGCCUCAUCACGGCCCGGUGCAGAAUGUUUAGGGAGCAGGACCUGUGAUCUAGGUUGGCUUCAAGACCCCCACUCAAGCAACUGUUACCGCUUCUUUCCCGCCUCUCUCGCCUGGAAAGAUGCUAGAAAUAGUUGUGUCGGACAGGGAGCCCUGCUAGCCGUGAUACCGAGUAUAAAAACCAACGAGUUCAUCACCACCAACGUUUCGAGAGGUUUCAGAUCCUGGAUUGGACUUCACAAUCAGAACACCUCAACUCAAGCCUGGGAGUGGAGUGUAGUGAGCCGGGCUGCUUCCUUCAAGAACUGGGCCGCUGGAGAACCCAACAAUCAGUUCUGGCCCUUCAGAUCAGAAGAGUGUGCCGAGAUAGAGGACGCUUCAGGGAAAUGGAAUGACGAGACUUGCAACUCUCUCCGCUCUUAUGUCUGCCAGAAGACGAUUGGAUGCGACGCGAGCCAACUGAGUGGUUACACGCUACCAGCCAACGCAACAUCCAGUAUAGUUCCUGUCGGGAGUUCCGUUACCGUGGAUACCAAGUGUCGGGUUGGAUACCGCCCUGAGAACGCCACCACAUCAACAACUUGUCAAGCAGACGGGACCUGGUCUUUUGACAACGUCAAGUGUACUGAAAUAUUUUGUCGGGACCCCUCCAACUCCAGACUACACAACGGAAAGUUUUACGUGGACCCGCCUUCCUCGCCGUACGCAGUGGGCUCUAAGAUCAGGUACCAGUGUGAUAUAGGGUACAUGCUGCGAGGAAACGCUGUCAGUGACUGCAGGGACAUGGACUCCAGGCUUCCCAUCGGGGUCUGGGAUCAACCUCCUAUUUGCUUGAAAAGUCCGGAAUGUGAACCAGGCUGGGUGGCUCACAAUAACUACUGUUAUCGCUACGUGUCUGAGCUGAUGACGUGGCACGACGCUGACACACGAUGUCAAACACUGGGUGGAGACUGGAGCCGACUGGUAGCAAUCAACAGCAGAUCCGAGAACGCACUCUUGCAACAACUCUCUAACAAGACAACCAACAUCUGGAUAGGACUACACGACGUGCCUUCCGAAGGUGUGUGGGAAUGGGUCGAUAGUUCGGCGGUGUCUUACAAGAAUUUUAACGACGGAGAGCCGAAUAACGGGCUGUACGUGUGGGAGCAGGAGGACUGCGUGGAGAUGGACCUGAGUACGGGACGGUGGAACGAUGAGGGCUGCGACUCCUUCAGGGAGUUUAUCUGUGAGAAGUUUGUGGCUAACUGAGAUUCGGACUUUAGUAUUACUGCUCUUUUACUGUGAAACAUCGCCGUCUCGACCGUUUAACUUCUCGAAGUUUCUGCAAUUUCUGCUGGCUUUAAAAAUGAUUAAGUUAUUGCUUGUAAUACGAUAUACGGCACACUUUGAAUUUGCAUUUUGCAAGUUAAAGUUGAGUGUUAAAUGAAGCGGUCGUUGCGUACGAUGUUUUACAGUGAAAAGAUAACAGGGAGAUAGAUUUGCACUUUGCUGGUUUAGGAAGAAAUAUAAGAUGUGGGUUGCUCUGGCAACCGUUACUCUAGUAACAGUUUCAAGAGUACAUGUAAUAAUCAGUUUUUCGCAACUCAGAAGAAACGAAGAUUUAAAAUAACAACGAUUUCAAAUAAAUUACAUAGAGCACCGAAAUUAAGGCCAUAGAAUUGUGUGAUUUUGAGCUUUUGCUCUUUUGAUAAUGUAAAUGUUCACUUGAUAGAUAUUUUGUAUGAUUCUUUGUGAGUUUUUGUUAA